CAUGAGAGCCAGACCAAAGCUCAGAGAUUCACUCCGAGUUCCUGCUCGCCUCCAUUUCAUCGUUACACCACCUCCCAGAUGCGUCCUUACCUAUGCCUGAGAAGUGAUGAGUUAAUCGAGCCACCACUGUCCAUUCUAUCCAUGUAAGCUGUAACUGAGUCCUGAUGUUCAUGUGUUCAUUGUUAGUUUUCAUGAGCUUUGUGAACAUGUACAGCAGGUUAGUUAAAUUUACUGGACAGUUUGAAGCAGGAGAAUUACACAGAAUAAAACCUCACAGUUUUCAUAAAUGCUAACCUGGCUGGCAGUUAGCUGUUUAACUAUUGACAAUUUCCCAAUAGCCACAUUAGCCUUCUGUUGCAAUUAACACAGCAGUUAGCAGACUGCAGUUAGAUAAAGAUGGAUAAUUACUGCAGGCUGAAUAGGUUGUGACACAGCAGGUCACAGACACAUGUAGAACCAGGUGUGUUCCUGGCUGUGCAGAGCAGCGGGGGAAGUGUAGCUGAACUGAGCAGAGUCCAGAGUGUGGAGAACCAAUCUGAGCAAACAAAGAGUGAAAUCAGCCACAGAAUCAGGCCUGAAAACCAGAGGACGUGAAGAGCCGCAGACUGAGGCGGAGCAGUGUGGAUGAGAGACAGGCUGCAGGCAGACGUGGACCAGAUCAUUAACUUUAACUUUUCUUAUUUUGUUGUAGCUAGCUGUGAGCUCAGUUUGUAAAUGCACUCAGUGAGUGGUUCAGUCUGUUUCACAGCAAGCACUAUUUUUAUACCUCCUUUUUUUUAGCAUAAAUAAUACCACAUUUUAUCCAAAGGUCAUUUGUAACUUUCCCAUAAUGCUCUUCUUAUGCAAUAAUUCAGUCAUUUAGUUGUGUGAGGUAUUGUUGUUUGUUGUACUCUGUUUAUUAGUAGGUUCUAAAAUAUAUUUUACCUUCACAGUCUGAAAUGAAAUUAUCUAAAUAAUCUGUGGAAAUGGCCCUAUAGCCGUUUCUAGAUUGAUGGGCAGCAACAGUUAACUUCUCUAGGAUGAUGCUGAUGUCUUUCCUUCUCUCCUUCUGUUAACACACAUGCCCCAGACCUGCAAAUUGCCCAAAUCUCUGCUUUUAUAAAGGUUUCACUCUCACCGAAGAUCAGUUAAUCAAGUGCAUUUGAUUAGCAGUGUCAUAUAAUACUGUGUAGCAGGCAGGAUGGGAGCCCAGUGCAGGACUCACGAGACAGGACUGACCUCAAAUACUCAGCUUUAUUCUGCUGGUAAACUCAGGGAAAACAUGGAGUGUAUAUACGGGGCUUUCAGGAGCCAUAAUAUACAAACUAAUGGACGAAAUUCAGAAAUGUGGGACAGAGGAGCACCGUACUGUUAGCUAUGAUAUCCAAGAUGGCGCCUGUGUUUGGCCUUGCCGGCGGUCGAUCAGCUGUUGCUUUUGUUUUUAUUUUAAUGUUGAUGGAGCCUCGGUGGACGUAGGUGGAGGAAGAGGGGAUGUAGAGCCGGAGUCUAGGUGAGACUGCGGUUGUUCUGGAAGCGGGGAAUUGCUGGAAAAUAUCGACCCUCCUUUAUGUUCAGCCUGACAUCUCCUGGUGCCUGGAGUUACGAUUCUUUUCCACUUCUGAACUAAACGCGGGAGGACGUAUUGUCUUCGCCAAGUUUUUCCGGACUGUCCUGCGGCUGUGGUAGCCUCUCCGGUGGUUAGUGAACUUUAUAGGCACAGUGGAUCAACUUGUCCUGGGCUUGUCCUGCGCUCCUUACCCCGGCUGUCUUCAGUAGGGUCUCCAGCUUCAACUCCUCUCAGGAUGGCGCUCAUGAAUGUGCGCUCCGUUUCAAAUAAGUCUUUUAUUUUGAAUGACUAUAUUCUGUCCAAGGAUUUGGAUUUCCUGUUUCUGACUGAAACCUGGCAGAGGGAGAUGGAUCACACUCCGCUUAUAGAACUGUGUCCUACUAAAUACAGAUUCUUCAGCUCCCCUCGCUCCUCAGGACGCGGUGGAGGACUGGCUGCAGUUUUUAAGAGCAGCUUUAUGUGCCGUGGGGUGAGCUCGGAAACUUUUUCAUCUUUUGAGUCGCAGAUCUUAAAGGUUGGAAGAGAUAAUUAAUUUUAUUAUGUUUUAAUCUACCGUCCACCUGGCCCAGGGACAUCCUUCUUGAAGGAAUUUAGUGAUUUUUGUCCUCCACAUUGAAACUAGCAAGACUCCUUAUUAUUGGAGAUUUUAACUUUCACGUUGAUGAUACUGCAGAUAAAUAUGCUGAAAAAUUUAUCAAUCUGAUGGAAUCUUUUAAUCUGUCCCAACAUGUGUCUUGCCCUACACAUAACAAAGGACAUGUUUUAGAUCUUGUUUUUAGUCUUGGUUUUAAUAUUGAUUCUCUUUAUUCUGAGGAUAUUUUUAUCUCUGAUCAUGUUUGUGUUCUUUUUAAUUUGUCUCUUAAUUUUGAUUAUCUAUCUGUGCCUCAUGUGUUUUGUUCACGCAUUUUCAAUCACCUUUCUGCAGAUAAAUUUACUGCUGCUUUUAAUCAUGAGGAGGUUUCUACUUCAAAUGAUGUAAAUCUUUUAGUAGACUCUUUUAACCAUCAGUGUCUCUCUAUUUUAGAUAGAAUAGCUCCUUUUAAAAUGAGGAAGGCUACGUUUAACAGAUCCUCCCCUUGGAUGGACGACAGUAUUCGCUUUUUGAAACGUAGCUGUUGGAAAGUGGAGCGUCUAUGGAAAUCAACAAAGCUCCAAGUCCACCUAAUUCACUUAAAGGAACUUAUAUUUUCUUUUAAUAACAUGGUGAAAGAUGCAAGAGCUGCUUAUUUCUCUCGGCUGAUUUCUAACAGUAGACGAAAUCCAAAAACGCUAUUUGACACAAUCAAACAGAUUGUUACACCUGCUUCUCCUACUUCACCCAUUCAGUCUAAUGAAGACUGUGAAAACUUUUUAUCCUUUUUUAUUGGUAAAGUUAACAAUAUUAGAGCAAACAUAAAUCCCUCUGUAUCUUCUUCUGCCUUACUUCCCACUCGGCCUUCAAUCUUCAAACUUUUCACCAAUAUCAUUAAAAGACCUCCUAGUGUGGUUGAUAGCAUGAAACCCUCCUCUAGCUCCAUUGAUGUUUUACCGACAUUUUUAUUUAAGAAAAUUUUUUGCACCAUUGGGCCAUGUGUGUUAACAAUAAUUAACAGGUCACUGGUUACUGGCUCUGUCCCCCGAUAUUUUAAACAAGCUGUUAUUCAUCCCCUAUUGAAAAAACCUGAUGCUGAUCCUUCACUUCCUCAAAAUUUUAGACCAAUUUCAAAGCUUUCUUUUGUAUCAAAAGUCUUAGAAAAAGUUGUGUUCAAACAGCUAAAUGUUAUGUUAGCUAAAUAUAACAUACUCGAUAAGUUUCAGUCUGGAUUUCGUAACCUGCACUCCACUGAAACUGCUCUCCUAAGAGUCUCUAACGAUAUUCUAAUGAAAAGGGAUGCAGGUGAAUACUCUGUUCUUGUACUCCUGGACUUAUCGGCAGCAUUUGACACAGUAGAUCACAACAUUUUAAUUGACAGGUUAAGGACAUGGGUGGGCAUCUCUGGAUCAGCCUUAGAUUGGUUCCGCUCUUACCUCUCAGACAGAAGCUUCUCAGUGGCUGCUGAUAGUUUUACAUCCUCAUCUGCUGCUUUGUCCUGUGGUGUGCCCCAAGGCUCUGUGUUGGGUCCUAUCUUGUUCACUUUGUAUUUACUACCUCUCAGAGGCAUUUUGGGCACAUUUAAAGAGGUCUCAUAUCAUUGUUACGCUGAUGAUAUUCAGCUGUAUAUCUCCUUUUCUCCACAGAAUGUUAAAAAACUAUCUAUUCUUCAGAACUGUGUUGAGGCUGUAAGGAACUGGAUGGCUGCUAACUACCUUUCACUUAAUGCCGGGAAAACUGAAGUUCUUGUCUGUGCACCCGAUAGCUUUGUUCCCACUGUGAUAAACAAUCUUGGUUUUUUAUCAUCAAUGUUUCAGUCAAAUGUCAGAAACCUAGGAGUUACAUUUGACCAAGCUCUUAGCUUUGAGAAACAUGUUAAUAGCCUUGUGUGAUUCUGCUUUUUCCAUUUGCGAAAUGUUGCCCGCCUCAGUCGAAUGGUGUCCAAGCCGGAAUUGGAAAUUAUUGUUCAUGCUUUUGUCUCCUCUCGGUUGGACUACUGUAAUUCUUUAUACAUUGGUCUCAGCAAAUCGUCUUUGGAUCACCUCCAGUUGGUCCAAAAUGCUGCUGCCAGGCUACUUAAAGGAUCCCCUAAGUGGUCUCAUGUGACACCUAUCUUGUCAUCUCUGCACUGGCUUCCCAUAAAGUUCAGAUCCCAGUUUAAGAUCUUGGUGAUCACUUUCAGAGCUCUGCAUGGUCAAAUGCCUGAAUACAUUAGUGAGCUCUUACAUAACGCACAGACUGCUGAGGUCUUCUGACCAAAAUCUGUUGGUGGUUCCUCGCUCUAAGCUAAAAACUAAGGGAGACUGUGCUUUCGAGGUUGCAGCUCCUAAAUUGUGGAAUGCACUACCAUCACACCUGAGAUCUGUGGACUCUAUUGAAUCAUUUAAAGAACAGCUCAAGACUCAUUUGUACAGGCUUGCUUCUAACUAGUGGUUUG